CCAGUCGCUGGAAAGAUGCCGAGGCCUUGGAUGUUUCUUUUGUUUCUGAUCAGUUCUGAAGUCGGAUCUCCCUCUUCCCGCGUGACCUUCGCCCCACCCCCGCGGACCUUUCGCUGCCGACCGCGCUCUGACCGUCCGUCCAGUCUGAGGCGAGGCAGUCACCGAAGAGGACAGCAUCAGGUCACCAUGCUCAUUCCGCUGGACAAGCUUCGCUUCCUCUACCCCGCGUACGUCCUCGCCAUCGUGUCGUUGGGGUACCUCCUAGCCGAGCUGGGCCACUUCCUGAUCGGGGUGACGAGCAAGGCAACCGCCAAGGACCUGCACUACGGCGACAUCACCUGCCAGCUCAACCUGUCGGACGUCCUGAUCGCGGACCUGCCGCAGGUCUGCGAGAACGCCACCACGGAGGAAACGUGUAUGCUGAUGGAGAUGAAUGGCACGCGCUACUGUGAGUGGACUUACAAUGGUCUUGGGCUGGACUACCAGAUUCUGGCUGGGCCCAGCUUCAUCGCAGUGUACACGGUCGUGGGCGUCAUCUUGGGCAUAGUCGCAGACCGCUUCAACAGGGUGCGUGUGCUGGCUGUUUGCACUCUAAUCUUCAGCAUCGCCAUCCUGCUGAUGGGCACCGUCAAAGAGUUUUGGCACCUCGUGCUCUUGCGGAUAGUACUCGCUGCAGGGGAGGCUGGAUGCAACCCCAUGUCAACUGGCAUCCUCUCGGACAUAUUUACUGAAGAGAAACGAGGUCUUGUCAUGUCCAUCUUCAACUGGGGUAUCUAUGGUGGAUAUGGCAUUGCAUUCCCUGUCGGCAGAUAUGUCCCCCUGAUGAACACGUGGGACCUGGGUUGGCGUCUGUGCUAUUAUGGCGCUGGCAUUGUUGGCUUUAUCAUCACACUUCUGACGGCCUUCACCUUGCGAGAGCCUGAAAGACAGACCAUUGGAGAAGAAAAUGAUACAAAUGCAAACGCUGCUGUUGUGAGGGCAGGUGAGGAGAUUACACCCAAGACUGGCGAAUGGAAAGUGAUGCUGCAGCCUCGUAUAAUCAUGUUAUGCCUCGCGGCCUCCAUUCGACACACAGGGGGUCUGUGCUUUGCGUACAAUUGUGAUUUGUACUACCAGAACUACUUCCCUGACUAUGACCUUGGGUGGUGGCUGUUUGCUGUCACCAUAGUUGUUGGCAGUAUUGGUGUUGUGUUUGGUGGCGUUGUCUCUGACAAGUUUGUGGCCAAGAUGGGUGUCAGGUCUCGAGUGGCUGUUCUUGCCAUCAGCCAGCUGAUCGCGACGCCAUUUGCCUAUGGCAGCGUGUACUUUGACCCACUCUGGGCGCUCAUCACUCUUGCCAUCUCAUAUUUCUUUGCUGAGAUGUGGUUUGGCAUCGUGUUUGCGAUCCUGGUGGAGAUCGUGCCUUUGUCAGUGAGGUCGACAACUGUUGGGGUCUUCCUGUUUGUGAUGAAUAAUAUUGGAGGCAAUUUGCCCAUCCUGGUUGAUCCUGUUUCCAAGGCUCUGGGCUAUCGGGAAUCGCUGUAUAUCUUCUAUGGAGGCACAUACCUCAUCAGCUCUGUGAUGUUCCUCCUUACCAUGUUCCUGAUGGGAGGCCCACAACCACAACAAAAGGAGGCGAAACCUCAGGACGUGGGUCAUGAGAAUGCGGCCUUCACAUUGGAGAAAAUUGCAGACAUGAGUGAGACAGCAAACAGACACUCCGUAGAGAGCAGCAGACUGUGAGCUCAGGGAAUGUCUUAAAUUGCAGAGGUCUUUGUUGUCUAUGGUCGUUG